AGGAGUUAUCUAAUCUAUUUUGUGGACAUGCCACAGGAGAUAUAAAUAGUCAUAUAAUUACAAAAGUAGUAAAUAAGGCCAUAUUUAUCAUUUCCAAUAAUUCUAAUAGCAGGACAUUAUGAAUGUAUUUAUCUAUUUGAUAUGUAUCCUAUCUAUCUAUCUAUCUUUUCCUGAGGGGACAUAUACUAUCUAUUUAUCUAUAUUGCUCUUCUUAUUAUAUGACACUAGUCACCGUAUUAUAGUUCUUCUACUCUUUUGUCGUACAACAAUAGCCAUGCUGAUACGACUAUUAUUAUAAAUAAUUGCUGCUAAGAAAAAAAAACAAUGACAUAUAAAUAGCAAUGAAAUUCUCUAAAAUAAG